UACAGAUGUCAUAAUGAGGAAUUCUUGUAAAUAUACGCCCUCUUGAAUCACAAAAAAAAAAUUAUACAAAACAAUAAUAUACAAUGCAAUAAAUUGUAUGCAUUAUAUACGGUUUUACUAAUUUAUCAUAUUAUUCAAUGUACAUAAUAUGAUAAAAAGGUUAUGAGUGAUAUGUUCAUUAUAUUCUUACGCAAUUUAAACAGAUACAAGUAAACACUUAACAAGUUAAGUUAUUAACCUUAUUUUUGUUGUAAAUCAUUCAACUAAAAAUGGAAGAAGAUGAAAAGACUGCAUUUGAAAGUUAUGAAAGUAUAUCAACUAUUACUUCUGCGGAAGAAGAAGAGUAUAAAUUGGAAGAAAAAUUAACGAAAGAAGGUAUUCUUAAAAUAACGAAAGAACUUAUAGAAAAAGUACAACAAGAACUAUGUUUGAUCAAGUUAUGCUGGCCAGAAAUUGAUUACACAAAAGAUCUUUACCUAAGAAGACUUCCAAGUAGUUAUUGUACCCUCAGUGAUAAAGAAAAGUUGCUUGCAUGGUAUGCCGAAAAUUUUCGACAACAAUUUCAUGUAAAAUAUCCAAAAAGAAAACCAUUAUUGCUAGUAUGUGAAAAUGAAUGUGGUAUACAAAAAUUUAUGUCUACGACUAUCAAACGAAGUACACUGCCAUACCCGGAACUGUACACGUGGCAGGAGUGCGGAAAAUUUGUCAGUGACUACGUUAAGUACGAGCCACUGGACAAACCACUCAAAAUGGUAAGUAGUCAAACGUAUUGUUGUCAAACAUCUUAUUUUAUAAAGCUAAGCGACAAAGGUCCUUAA